GCUGGGAAGGCUCACAGACUCAGCGGGGAAGAACGAGACCAACUCUUACCUAACCUCAGGGCAGUUGGAUGGAAUGAGCUGGAUGGCCGAGAUGCUAUUUACAAAGAAUUCCAUUUCAAGGAUUUUAAUCGGGCCUUUGGAUUUAUGACCCGGGUAGCAUUACAGGCUGAAAAAUUAGAUCACCAUCCGGAAUGGUUUAAUGUCUAUAACAAGGUUCACAUCACCUUGAGCACUCAUGAGUGUGGUGGUUUAUCAGAAAGAGACAUCAAUCUGGCCAGCUUUAUUGAACAGGUUGCUAACACCCUGUCCUAA